UUGGAAUCUAUACGGUAUGGACACGGCAGUCCUGGUUGGACAAUCCAUGACUUAUUAAAUAAUUGUAACAAUCUUGAUGUUUUACCAUGGAACAAAUAGAUGAAACACAGAGUAAUAUUAAUGAAACAGAAUCAUCUAUAAUAAUAGAUAUAACUUCUCCAUUAAUACAAGAAUCAAAUAAAGAUUAUAUAAAAGGUGAGGAGAUUAUCCAAAAAAGUCAAGAAAAUAGUUCACAAGAAUAUACAGAUAAUAUAAUUCAUGAAGCUUUAACAAUAAAUGAAUAUGAUAUAACAGAUUCAAGUACAGAAUUUGAAAAUAAAAAUAAUAGAGUAACGGAAAAUGUAAAGAAUGUUAUAAUUAAUGAAGUUAAACAAGAAACAAUACAUAAUGAUACACAAAUUGAUAAUAAUCAAUGUAUAAAAAAUGAGAAAUGUAAAGAAAACCAAACAGGAAAAGUAAAUAAAAUAGAAAAUAAUUUAAAUUGUGGAGAAAACACAUCUUUGGACAAAGAAAGUGCAAACAACGUUGAAACAUUUAAUGCAAAUGAGGAUGAACAAAAUUAUGAAAAACGCAAUGUUUGUACUAUGUUAAACAUAGAUACAGUUGAUGAUGCUAAUGCUCAAUGUCAAGCAUUGAUUAAAACACUUAGUGAGACUUUUGAUGAUAAAGACCAAACAUUGCAUGUCACAGAUACAGAUGCAGAUUUGUCUAAACUAGUUGAUGGUAGUUCAGAAGUAAUGGUACUGACUGUAGAAACUAUUAAUGAUUUGAAUGAGAGUACAGAAGAAAAUAUUGUUUUAACUGUACAUGAGAAAGAUGCCGUGGUUAAUUCUAAUGAAAACAAUAUUACUUUGAAAGAGAAAGACAUUAAAAAAACUGAAAUUCUUAAUGAAGAUUUUAAUUUGAUAGAUUAUACUCAAGAUGGUGAUGGAACUAUCAUAGAAGUGAUAUCAACAGAAAUUGUUGAUUCAGAAAUUUCCGAAACUUGUACCCACCAAGAAAAUAAGGAAAUCUUAAAUCACAUUGCUUCAGAAAAAGAUUCUGUAACUUCUACUACUUCAGAAGUAAUUGAUAAUCCAGAAACUGUAGAUAACACUGAUAUUAAAGAAGAAAAAGUACAGCAAAAUUGUGGUAAAUAUGAUGCAAAGCAAAUAGAAACAAAUGACAAUGACAAGACUGAAUCUUGUGAUAAUUCACAGAAAAUUAAUGUAGAAAAAGAAGUUGUCCAUAAUAAAAUUGUCACAACUACAUAUGUUGCUAAUGCAGAAGGGGAAAAUGUACCCUUAAACGAAAUGAAUAAAAUAAGCAUAACGAAGAAAAGAAGUGUAAUUCAAGAUAUCUUUGAUGAUUGGGGAGAUGAAAAUAUAGAAGAUGAUAAUCAGUCAGUAUGUAAAAUGCCAGAUACUGUUGAAAUAGAAUUGAAAAGUUUAUUAAAUGACACAAAAACACAAACUAUAGAAGAGAACACAGUAGUACUGGUUGAAGAAGAAAUUACAUGUAUUGAGAAAGAACCAGUUAUAGAUGCAGAAAAAGUAAUAAAAGUUGUUCAAGAAAAUAAAGAAAUACAAAUACCAAAAGAACAAAUGGAUAAUAAUCAAGCUGUAAGGAAAGAACAUAGUAUAAAGUCAUCACCCAAAGAUCAAAUAAAUUUUUCUACAUCUCAAACUACUGGAAAAUCUGUAAAAGAUACAACACUGGAUGUGAUUACAUUUAGUCAAUCUUCAUCAUCACAAAUACAAAUUAUGCCCAUUAAUCGUGUUCGUAAUUUAACUAGCCAAAUAGCUUCACCUGCUGAAGUAACAGAAGCAUUAAAAGAACGACUCCGUGAGAAACAAAAGAUAGUAGAAGCACCACCACGACCUGAUAUAUUUUUUGUUAAGAAACUAACACAGAGGUUGUCAAGUAAACUAGUAGGUAGUCCAGGAAGUUCUUUACCAGCACUUAUACCAUUGCCACAACCUAUUACUCAAUCACUUACUCAAUGUGAUAAAAAGUCAUCAGAUAAUACAAGUACAGGAAGUGGUAAAGAAAGUAAUCCUGAUAACAAAGAAUUGCUAGCAAUAUUAGAAGGUGAUGUUGAUCCUGAUUGGUCUAACUUGAAACCACCAACUUUAACUGAGGAGGGAAAGCGUCCAGUAAAGAUUGAACAAAGUGGUUAUAAUACACCACCAAAACUUGAUCCCCUAGUUGAAAGGGAACUAGCAUUAAAACAACUUCUAGAAUUACCUGUUGCACCAACUAAAAGAAGUGUGUCAAAAAAAAAGAAAACAAUUAAACCUACACCUAGUAAAACUUCAAAGGAAAUGAAAGUAAAAGCUAUACCUAUCAGAGAAAAGGAAAUUGUUAAUGUUGAUUUAAUAAAUGAAGCUACAGAAUCUGUAACAGAUUCAAAACUUUCUGAGCCUAGUUCAUCUUCUGUGAUUAUUGAACUUCAUACAUCAGAAAAAAAAACAGAUGUGCAAGAUAUUCGAUUAGAUGAAUCAAGAUCAGGUAGAAAACGGAAACUCACAGAAAAAGCUAGAGAGCAUGAGCAACAACAAAAUAUCGUAAAACGUCAAAAGGUUUAUAAAGGUAAAGUUUCACUAAGUAAAAAGCAAACACAAGAAAAUGAAUUACAAACUCCAGGCGAUACUAAUUUAUUAACUGAGAGUCAUGCAUCUAAAGAAAUGUCACUUCUUAAUGAAGAGGCUGAUGUUACAAUAACAGAUGAAAUAACAAACAAACAAGUUACAAAUAAUAAUAAGGUGGAUGCAACAUUAGACAAGCUUGACAAUGUAUCUUUAAAGACUUCAAAACAAAAUCUUCAUAAAAAGGGGUCACAAACUAUCCCUAAACGAAAUAUAGUAGUGAAAAAGAUAUUAAGGCAAAAUUUGUCUACCAAUAAAAAAGCUACUGCUUUAAAAACUAAACUAAACACGCCGAAAAAAUCGGGAUCAAAGGUAAUCUCAAAGUCAAAACGAUCUACAGAAAUCAAUGUUGGAGAUUCUAAACCAAAAAAGAAAAUCAUAAACGAAAUUGACAGAUUACUUCAAGAUGAAGGUGUUGUAAAUUUAUUGUAUGAUGUGGAACAACCGGACAAAAAAAGAUUAGUUCCCAUUACUAAAUCUCAAACAAAAGUCAUGGACUUACAAAAAGUACAGCGUGAACUUAAACUUAGAAAAAAAUUAGUACGUAAUGCAGUUUUAAGAUUACGUACUUCAACAGCAGGUGUAUCUAAAGUUUCUCCAAGAUCUAAAAGGACUUCUAUAUAUUUGAGUGAUAUACAAAUGGAUAAGAAAAUUGGAGACCAAGCAGCAUCAGCAAAACAAAUAAAUGUAACAUCUCAAGAAUUUAUAUUACCAGCGAAAAUAAGAAAUGCAGCUGAUGCAUCUGUUAUAAUUAGGAGACAUUCGUCUAGUUCAUUUUCCAGUGCUUCUGGGAGUCCCAGAGUUAGUAUUGAUAGUCCAGAGAAAAAUGAAGGAGUUAAAGUUGAUGAAGGAGGAUCCCAUUCUUUGAGAUCUACAAAAAGGCGACAUUCGCAAGACGAAAGAAUAAAUGUGAAGAAAAGUAAAAAAAAGACUGUACAAAAAAAUGAUACAGCAACGGAUCUUAUUGAUACUGUAGGAGAAAAAGUGGCAUUUCCUGGACGCCUUAGCAAAAAGUUAGAUUCAAAAAAAACUGAUAAAAAUUCGAAGCAAUCCGAAAUAGAUGAAACUAAUAGUAGUUUAGGGAAAGUAAUUACACGGUCAAAUGGUACAGCUACAAGUAAGGUAACAUCAAAGACAAAGAAAACUACAAAGAACAAAGUUACAUUUGCUAAAACAAGCGAACCAGAUAACAAUGAAGAAUUUUCCAAAGAAGAAGAUGAACUUUCAGCCUGCCUUGCAGAAGCUGCAAGUGCUCUAUCUGUAGUUAAUGCUGGAAGUCGGUCUGCAAAUUCAACGGCAAAUCGUAAAAAUAAAGUGAAUGUAAAUACUGCUAAGAUGCCAGAUUUGGAUAAUAAUAUAACAAAAAUGGAAACACGAAGUCAAUUCAGUAAUAAAGAAAUAAAUGUACGUCGACAUGGAAAUCUUGUGCAAUUAAUACUUACACCAUCAUCUUCAACAAAAAUAAGAAACGCACUCACUUUGCAGUUAAUGCAAGAAUUUCGCGAAACAUUAUCAAUUCUGAAGAAAGAUGAUGAUUGUAGAGUUGUGUUAUUAACGUCAACAGGAAGCAGUUUUUGCGAAGGUCUUGAAUUAUCCAUGUUGUUACAUACAAAUAAGGAAGAACGACGAAUUCAUGCUCAAGAAAUAGCGGAUGCGGUUAAAGAUUUUAUUAAAAUGUUAGCAUCAUUUAAUAAACCUAUUGUUGCUGGAGUUCAAGGAGCUGCAGUUGGACUUGGAGUAACAAUGUUGCCUUUAUUUGAUCUUGUGAUAGCUAGUGACAAAGCUACAUUCAGUACACCUUAUGGCAAAUUAGGACAGAUUGCUGAAGGUGCUGCUGUAUUCACUUUAUCACAUAUAUUAGGAAGUGCAAUUACAAGUGAAUUAUUAUUAGGUGGAAGAACUUUAACAGCUAGUGAAGCAUUAAGAGCUGGUCUUGUUACUAGGGUUCUAUGGCCUGAUAGAUUUCAAGUUGAAUUACUACCAACUCUAAAGGCUAUGAGUGAACAAUCCUCUCAGUCUAUGGAAGCUACAAAGGCGUUACUACGUCACAGUUUGCGAAAAAAGCUGGAUGCAGCAUUAGAAUCAGAAACAUACUUACUGAUUCAACAUUGGUGUUCUGUAGAAUGUCAAACUGCCAUAAAGGCUUACAUUGAUGGAAAAGUCCAGUGAACAAUUAAAUGAUGCCCAAUGAUUUUGAAUGGAAGUGCUAACAUCGUAUUCCAAUACAUCUAAUAUUGUAAAUUGGAUUUAAAAUUCGAAGAUUAAUAACGAGAUAAUUAGUUUGGGGAACAUUAAAGCGAGAAAAGAGGUCACGGCUCUGGUGUGUCAUUGUACAUCAAUCAACGCACGAUUAUUUUAAAAUAAGACAUAAAGUAUAGAAUCAAUUAUUCGGAUGAGUUAUUUUAAUAUUAAAUGAUUUAGAUAUAUGGACUUAAA